AUGUCAGAGAUAGACCAACCAGCACUUACACUACAGACAAAUGAAAACAAUGCACAACAAGAAAAAGAAUAUACAGAAUUAAUCAAUUCACUACCGUCAAGAUGGGAAAUUGAAUUAGAAUUUGUUCAAUCAUUAAGUAAUCUUCCAUAUGUAAGUUAUUUAGCUCAAAAUAAUUAUUUAAAAGAUGAAAAUUUUAUAAAUUAUUUAAAAUAUUUACAAUAUUGGAAUAAUCCAAAUUAUUCAAGGUUUUUAGUUUAUCCAAAUUGUUUACAUAUUUUAAAUUUAUUACAACUGGAAGAAUUUAGAAUUAAUAUAGUUAAUCCUGAUGUUAUGAAUGUAUUAAUGAAUGAUAUGGUUAAAAGAUGGCAAAAUGAUGAUAAAAAUGGAGUUGAAUUGGCAGAAGAUGGGAAAGACUAG